AUGUCUAACGUAGGAUCAUUUAUUCAUAAUGUCAAGAAAAAUAUUUUUAGUAUUAUGUUCUGGGCACCCCUGGCUAAUUGGGGUUUUGUUAUAGCUGGGUGUAACGAUUUAAAGAAAAAACCCAUUUACAUAUCAGAAAAAAUGACAACCGUUCUAACUAUAUAUAGUCUAUUAUUUAUGAGAUAUGCCCUUGCCAUAAAACCAAAAAAUUAUUUACUUUUUUCUUGUCAUGCUACUAAUACGUUAGUUCAGAGUAUCUUAUUAUAUAAAAAAUUAAAAUACGAAAAGGAACACCAAAAAAUAAAAACAAAAUAA